AUAAUCUACGUCUCAUACUUUCCACUCUUGCAUGAACGAAUUACAUUGUGCUUCUCUCUACUCCACUCUACUCCACUUCAUUGUUAAAACUUACUUCAAUCUUAUCUAAUGAAUGUGAUCAAUAUGAUCCCGCGAAUGUUCUCUUGAACAUGCACCCACACGCAAGGUGGCACGCCAUCUAAACCUCUUCCGCUUGCUCCCAUCUAUAUGUCAUAUCACACUGCCACCUACACAAUGCACAGAUCAACAAAGUGGGAAUCCCGAUAAUCUACAAAUCUUCGUGAACACGGGAACAGAUAUAUAACGGAUCCGGAUGUCGGUCGGUGUAUUGGCAGUAUUCACUGUCCACGGUUCACUUGUUUCAUAAGUACCCUCGGGACGGACAUCACUUGUCUUUUUUCUUUUGCCCCCUAGAUCUUUGAAUCAUGCAGAUCUCCAGCGGGGACGAAGCUUCGAAAUGUGGUGAUGCCAUGCAUACCAAGAUAUACGCUGGCACUCUCUUCGAUUCCGAGAAGUGCGAGCUUAUUAAACAUAGAGUUAUUUCCGUGUCUGCAAAGUCAGGUUUGAUUCUGGACGUUCAGCCUUACAGUCCUGGUGAAGUUGAUGCUAGCGUUGACUUCUCGGAUGCGAGGAACAUCGAUUUACGCUCCAAGACUGUCUUACCUGGGUUCGUUGAUUGCCAUGUUCAUUUCUUCCUUCACCCGUAUUCAGAAACGAGUUGGGAAGAUCAGAACACCAGAGAGAGUCUUGUCGAGCGCACAAUCCGAGCAACAGUGCAUGCUCGCGAAACACUCAUGGCGGGAUACACCGCAGUACGAGACUUAGGAACGGAGGGUGCUGGGGAUGCCGACGUUCUUUUCCGCAAAUGCGUAUCCGGUCCGAAUCCCUUGAUACCUGGCCCAAGAUACUUCUGUGCAAAUCGUGCGAUAGUGACUACGGGCAGCUACGGUUGUCCCAGAAAUCGACUAUACCCAAAUCGCGCAGGCGUAGAAGGCAAAACCGGUGCGGAGGCUGCUGAUGGCGUUGACGAAUGUAUCAAGGUCGUCCGGAGACAAGUAGGGGCCGGUGCGGAUUGGAUCAAGCUAUAUGCGGACUAUCGCUUUCGAGCAGAGAUGACUCAAGUCUCGCCACAGACGGCGUCGGAGUCUCUCGAUACUUUUAACACCGACGAGCUUCAUGCUAUUGUUCAGACAGCGCAUAAACUCGGUGUGAAAGUGGCUGCUCAUACUGAUGGCAAGUCGUCCUGGGAAGGACUGAUAAGUCCAGAUAGUUCUUAUCAAGUCGAUUCCGUAGAACACGGUCACAGCGUUGGCGAGUCUUCUUUUUUCCGGCGCUCGCCUGAUGACUAUGUCGCAAGAGACACCGGUAUUCGUCAGCCGACGGUGUGGAUACCCACCCUUUCUGUCUAUUACACUUUAGGAAAGGAUACUCCUAUGUGGAAGCAAGCCGCCUCCACGUUCACGCGAGCGAUCAAAGCAUCAGACCUGAAUGUCAAGAUUGCGUGCGGCGGAGAUACGGGCACGUUCGCUCAUGGGGACAACUCAUUGGAGAUGAAGUUGAUGGUUCACCUCGGAGCUGACUGGAAGACAGUUCUGAGAUGGGGGACCCUGGGCGGCUGGGAAUGUAUUCGUAGCAUGAGAUGGGAAGGCCAGAAAGGGAAGGAAAGGCUAGCGAAAAUACAUGAAUUACGCGAAGAUGCCAGGGUAGUGGGAGAUAACGAAGUACCGUUCGGAGCUGUCAAGCAGGGCUUCGCUGCUGACAUUAUUGCGACAGACGGGGAUCUUACGCAGGAUUUUGAGCGCGCCGUGGAUAAGGGAAGCAUUGUCUUCGUGAUGAAAGGUGGGAGAGUGUACAAACGAGAUGGACAGACACCCUAGCCCGGACACGAUAUGUCAAUAGGUCUUCACAUGCAGAGAUGUUCACAUGAUCGCCAGCCCUGACAUGGACAUUGGAAAGAAUGAUUCAAUAAAUGGGGUCACCUUCGUAAUUGCGUAACGUGUCAUAGACAUAGGUGCGCUGCCAAAAAAAAAUGAAGUUUUCGAAACUGCGAUCACUUUCAAUUCCAAGUUGCCAUUUUCGUUCUUACACCGUGAGCGCUACACCAACCACGUGGGAAAUAACCGCUCAAGGAUUUUCGUCAAUUCGGUCGUCUUCUCCUUGUUCCUACGAUUCGUACUCGUGAACUCUUCCAAUAUUAUUGUUCUGCAUGAUCGGAUGCUGUCUUGUUAUAAUCAAAUACCACCUCUACCAACUGAUGUGCGCCACAUGCGCCUACUGUCUAACAGCGUGAUGUUACAACAACAUCGCAGUCAAUUUACCUUCGGUGCGCCUGCCACCCU